AUGGAAGACCAAGAUGAUCAGACGUGUCUUGUUGCAGGAAUUUCUGUGUCCUUCCAGACACAGUACUUCUACUAUGUAAACUGGUUUGCGCCAAUCACGCUGCUGUUGAGCAUUUGGUGUUUUGUGUCCAAUGCAGCUGUCAUCGUAGCGUUAUUGAGAAGUGGAAUCAAAUCCAUUCGUCCAGGCCUGUUAAUGCUUUGCAGUCUUUCCUUUACUGACCUUUUACGGAGUGCAAUGGCUACUUUCACGGUUUCCGCUUUCAGAUUAAAGCACCUACUUAACAAUCAAGUUUGCCAAGUGUACUCGGAAAUAGAGACAAUGCCAAUGUUUAGUGCAACUACGAUCACUUUUCUUGGAACAAUCCUAAGUCUCACCAUUAUCAGCAUCGAUCGUUACGUAGCUGUCCGAAGCUUUACUCAAUACAAGUUCUGGGUAACCUGGCAUCGCGCCCUCGUGGCCUGUAUAGCAGUUUGGACGGUGUCCAUUACAAGUGGCUUUGUCAGAGAGGUGGCUGGCCAACAAUCAACCCUCAAAAAUGUCCUGCUACCUGCCAUCUCUAUACCCUCAGUAGCAAUCAUCGUCAUUCUCCAGAUCAUGACAAUUCGUCUCCUUCGUCGCCACAACAGGGCUGUAGCCGACAUGAUGGAGGAAGGUAAUGCAGCAAAUCCUACAGCUAACACUGCAAAUGCCGCCAUAGAACGCAGGUUGAGCAAAAUAACAACAAAUGUGGUGGGGGUAUUGGCAUUGAUUUUCGUCCCUGUUGCUUUUAUCAAUAUUCUCACGGUUGUCACAAAAACAAAAUAUAUAGAGCUUUUGGGGCCUGUCCUCUCUCCCCUAACUAUUUUGUGGUCAAGUAUUAAUCCGGUGUUGUAUUAUAGGGGAAACGAAAAGGUGAAACAAGGAAUAGUUAGGCUUGUUAAAUGCCAAUAA